CAUUCCCUAGCGUUCCAGUUUCCAUUUUUCUCCGUAACUGAAUUUCGUUAACCCUCCUUCCUGCACAAACCCACCUUCAUGCAUAUAUCGAAUCAACUAACCGUACGCACUCUAUGAUAUCACUAUCACACUCAUUAUGCCAUUGAAAAGCUUCAUCCGACGGAAACUACUCUCCCUGCUUCAGCCAUGGUUGAGAGAAGAGCCCCAACUCGACAUCUAGUUAGGGUUCCGUCACUCCCUUGCCGUCGCCGAGAACCUUCGUUUUGACGUCUGUGUUCUCAACCGACUGUUCGACUCCCCUUCUUGCCUCUUUAUCAAGGAGCUCACAAUCGAACACCUCACUCUCAGAUUCUCGUCCUGGCUCUCCGCAGCCUUCAACAUCGAAGUUCACGGCGUUCGCAUUAUGCUAGCUUUCGAGUGUGUAGCUCCAGUUGAACAGUUUUCUAUUAUUUGGCGGUUUCAAUUUUUUUUAUCUUGUUUUAUUUCUGUUUUUGUGAUGCACGUACUUUUGUUAACUGGCAUGACUGUUUGGUUUGUUCUUGAAGUAUGCCGGAUGAGGAGGUAAGCGCCAGGAGGUUGCAUUCGUCGAAAUUUGAUUAUACGGAUUAUCUUAGAAAGCUCCUUGAGGUUCUUGAUCCUGAGGUAAUGGAUGAAUUCCACUGGAAGUUAGAGUUUAGGAUACUAUUCAAUUUGUUUGAAUUGGUGAAACUUCUUAGUUUUCAGUCUAAUAACGGAUUGUCAUUAAAAAAAUUGAUAUAAAUUUUGGCGGUUAUGUUACCUGUUAUUGUAUAUAAAUAUUCAUAGGUACAUGGAAUAUGAGUUUAAUUUGCAUGCUCGUGGCAAUACUAUUGGAAUAUAUAAAACAUAAUGAAAAAUAGUACUGAAACUACCUAAUGGGGAGAACUGUAUAGUAGUGCGUGUUUCAAGCCAUCGUCUUAACCGUUUAUAGUUAUAUGUUGAUGCUAUAAUGGUCAUUUAGGUUUGAUAUAUCAUUUAUGUUCUUUGGAUUAUGAGGGAGAAAGAUGUCUUAGCCGCAAACUUUUGUUAUGAGAAAUUAAUUUGUUAAUUAUAAUGUCAUUAUUUUUUUGUUUGGAUUUAGGGAUGUUCUUUGCAUCAUGUUUUGGAGAGCAAAGUUUUUGCUGACCCUGAAAGGAAAGAUCUUACAUCAUCUUUCUUGAAUCUUAUUAUGAAGUCGUCUCACCUAGAGGCACAUGACAUUAACAUGGAGAUUCAGUUUCCUAUCUUUAAUGCCGAGUUUAUGUGUUUUGGGGAAGUAAAGAAUUUUAGUGCAAGAUCUGAUAAUCUUGAUCAGAAAUGUCUCUUUAGAGGUUUCCUUACUACAAUUUUGAUUCCAGUGAGAGAGGGCUCAUAUAUGUUAAAUUGCACUGGAUUGAGAGUCGGAUUUAUUGGUAAAAAUCAGCCUGACCGUGCUUUGCUUUCAUCUGAUGUGCACAUUUUCAUUACAUUAAGGGAUCUUCAGUUGGUUGAUUGCACUCUCUGUUUCCCAGAACUAGGCUUUUCAUUUACUCCAAAAGAUGUUUCUGUAUUUCUAGUUAUUCACAAAUUGCUAUCUGAUAAGAACAAUGAAGCUAGAAGUGCUAGAGAAUUAUGGAGAAUAGCUGCAAAUAAAAUUGGCCAUAUGACUAUAAUUCCUAUGUUAUCAUUGCAAAGAUUAGUUGGUAUUAUAGGUCAAUGAAAACAUUAUGUUGAUGCUUAUGAGAAUCUCUUGCUGCUAGUUGGAUAUUCUACUGGCCCAAUGUGGAAAAUGUCCAUUUCUAAAAUGUUUCAGAGAAAACAGGUUUUCAGUUCUGCUAGAAACAACUGGAAGGUUAUAUCAAACAUUGAGAAGAAGUUACCUGUUGAAGGCAUAUCACUAGUGAGGCGAAUAGCUCGUCAUAGAGCAGCAUUGGAAGUUCCCUCUGAUUGUCAUGAGGAAUGUUUGGCCACGAGUAAAUUUGUUUGCCCUUUUCUUUCUGUUUUGAUGCUUAUUUGGAAAGUGAUCUCAAAGAUAAUCUGUUGUUUCUUAAACAUAUUUGGGGAAAAGAUAGUGGAAGAUUCAGAUAUUGACGGAUGUUUGCGAAGCUCUAGUAAAGAUCUUUAUCAAAGGUGUUGUUUUGUGCUAAACUUUGGGAAAAUCAUAGUAAGAUUGUCCCAAAUUAAUGAAAUCCAACCUUCUGCAUAUGAAAAGUUGCAUGCACAUACUGGAAUAGCAUACUCAGAUUUCCUUCCAAUAUGUUUCUGUAUUGAUCAAUUUUUACUAGUAACCAUUAAAGAUAAUUUUGGACAGAGAGUCUUUGUGUCAUGUGGGCAAAUGAAGGUUGAACCUGCACCUUUGACAGUGUUUCCAGAAGCAAGUCCAAUGAAUAAGCUUAAUACAGAUGAAGAAAAUGGAGAGGAAGGCACCCAGGGAUCAAUUCUGUCGUGUGAACCUGCAAAAUCAUUUGUCCUGUCAGAAUCUAAUGUAGCCCAGGCUGAAGAUACUUGUGAUUCUCAUGUUCAUAGCUUUAUGGGAAAAUUGUCUGCUAGUUGGAAGGGAAUUUGUAGUAGUUUUAGUGAAAGUGAGAUUGAGUAUUCUGAAAAUCCAUGCCUUCUCUGUAAGUUUGAGACAUCUUCCGCAUAUCAAGACAAUAAGAAUCCCUGUUUUGGGUUUUGUGAAUUUGGUUUUAUGCUUGGAAAGAUAAAUUUAUUUUUGACUCACUUUUCAGUAUCAUCUGUGUCUCUACUUGUUAGUCAGAUACAACAUGUUUGCACGGCGGACAGGAAGGAAGCAUCCGAUGCUCCAAACUUAGUAGAUAAAGCAGAACAUGCCUGGGUUGACACAUAUGAGUAUUAUGCCAAACAAAUGAUUAUUUACUUGCUUCAAAAACUACCACAGAAUCAUUUCCAUUUUGGAGCAUUUGUUGAUGGUCCAUUUGUAAGAUUUUCACUCAAAAGAGAGGCUGGUCUUGAUGGCCAAGACAUUAAUGACAUUGCCAGCCAUGAUAACUUUGACAAUAAUUUUGAUUUUCAUGAUAUUGAAGUGGCUGUUGGUUCACCUUCAUUAUUAGAUAUGUCACCAUUGACAGAUCUGUUUGGGCUUGAUGAUGCCAAAGCAGAGUAUAUUACAUUGGAACCUUGUGUGGUUGAUAUUCCAAAACCCGAUAAUGAUAAGUACGUAUCUUCAGGAAAGAUAUCAGUUGGUUCCUAUAUUCAUCAAAAUGGCUUAAAUGUUUAUUUGGAGGAGUUAGCAGACAAACAUCAGAUUCAACUUUUAGUGGUAAAACCAAUCAUUGUACAGAUAUUAUCAGUCAGGAGAAACAUAAAGAAGAGAAUCCUCAACCUUCCACCAUCUCACUGGAGGCAGUGCUAUCUGGGAUAUAGUGCCCGUCACACUCUUGGGAUAUAGUACCUGCCAUACUACUCCGGGAUAUAGUGCCUACUACACUUUUGCGAUAUAGUGCCCAUCACACCCUUGGGAUAUAGUGCUCACCACACUCUUGGGAUAUAGUGCUCGUCACACUCUUGGGAUAUAGUGUCCAUCACACUCUUGAAAUAUAGUGUCUGCCACACUCUUUAUAUUCAUAUUUCAAUCAAACAUAAUCACAAUCAGAACCAAAUUCAAAUUCAAAAUCGUAGUUAUUUAUAUUCACAUUUAUUAUAAGGAUAAUUAACCUCAAGGCGUGAGCGGGAUAAAACCACCGUCCUCACCACAGUUGGGAAUUGAACCGAAAGAAAUCCUCAACCUUCUAUCCAAUUUUCCGAUGCGACAAGAGAGGAAAUUCUCAACCUAACUUGUCCAUCGUAACACAAGAGAGGGGAUCUCCAACCUCAACUUGUCUAUCCGUGAGUGGGACAAAGCCACCGUGGGCGGGAUGAACCACCAUCCCCACAGCAUCAAAAUAUUUCAUUUAAAAAAAUUCUUAUCGAAAAAUUACUCAAUUUAAUCUGUUGCAGUCACCCCCAAUUGUUAAUCUAAUCUACAAAAGCUACACAAGCCCUUUUAUCAAUAGUCACUCUACUAUUUCUUUUCUAAAGCAUCCUUAAUUUCAUUAAAAUCGUCAGUUACCAUCCAAGUUUCAUUAAUGUUGGCCACUAGUGAUAAAACUUUUGGCCAGAGUAAUCUUCUAGUUUGGGGUUAAAGAUUGACAUAAAUGGCUGUGAAAUAUUAUUCCUCAUUACUGUCAAUCGUGAUUUUCGUGUGUAUGAAUUAAGGGAGACUGU